AUUAAAUGAAAAAGAAAUUAUUUAUCAACUAUAAAUACACAACACAAAUCUUCUAGCAUCAUACCCGCAAACACAUCAAAGAAAAAACACAAGUUAGAAACCAACUAAAUUGCCACCACCAUGGGGCAAAUCCUCUUUCUGGUCGCUAUUGGUACCGUGGCCAUCAUCCUACCGGCCGCAAAUGCCAUCGCCGGCGGGUGGCAGCCGAUUAAGAACGUGACCGACGAGCACGUCAAGGAGAUCGCCGAGUUCGCGGUGAAGGCUCACGAUUCACAAGCUCCCGACCACCCACUGCACCUCGUGAGCGUGGACAGAGGCGAAACCCAGAUCGUGGCCGGAACAAACUACAGGCUAGUCCUGACGGCAGCAGCCUCCGCCGGCGGCAUGGUCGGCGGGGAGAAGGACGGUAGCUCUCCUCCGGCCGCAGUGCAUGCCGGAGAUCAGUACCUGACGAUCGUUUAUGAAACCCUCACCAAUGAAAAGAAGCUAGUAUCGUUCAACCCAUUGCAUCCAUAAAAGUUAAUUAAUUAAUUAACCACUCGUGAGAUUGAGUGGUGAACUUGUAGGGAUCCUUUUUAUAAAUAAUUAUUAAAAAAAAUGCUUGUUCCAUAGUAAUAUGGUUGUAUAAUGAGUUAACAUGAUUUGGCAUACUCUAAGUACCACAGAUAGGAAUGGCAAUUUCAAUCCAUUAUUACUCGACUUGAUCCGCGAUAGUGAUAGGGCGGGUAUUCCUGACCUGUAGUAGGGUGUGACGGUAUCUACUUUCGAACCGUCCCUUUCUUGGCUUAUCCUACCUCAAUUUUAUACAAUAAUAUUAUGAUCAUAUUUCUUUUGUUUGACUUUUAUUCAACCAGUUAGAUUUGAUCUUUCAACUAGUUAACUCAAUUAUCCAUUCUAUUAUCAUUAUUUUUAAUUCAUGGAGUAUUUUUUCUUCGUUUUAUGCUAAAAAUUAAAAUUUUACCUGCAUUUUUUCCAAAUGACAUAUAAGAGUGGGUCGACCUACCCGCCCUGUACCCACACGGGUGUUACACGGCCCGCACCAAAUGCGACGAGUAUGGGUAUUCAUGAGAUACCUGCCCUGACCCACCCGUUUGCCAUCACUAACGAUAGAUUAUUUUAGGAUAAUUGUGUUAACGUAUAAAAAAUGUUUGUACCGGCAAAACUUAAAUGAAAAUAUAAUUACCACUAGAAAAGUAGGCAACUGCUUUUAUAAAAGAAAUUAAUGUAAUUACCAUAACCUCCCAAUAAAUAUAGAUAAUUGCUUUAAUGUCACGAAUAACGCCUACAAUAUAUAUAUCCACACUCAAAAUAAUACUAAUGAGUAAUGAGUAACGACGAAAUGUGUAUGCCAGGGCUGCGUUUACAUACACAAUAGGACUCUGUUUAUUAGGUUGUACGAUGUGCUAUGAUGGUGGUACGAUUUCUUAUCGUGGUUGUAUGAUACCUCACCGUAAUGGUUAGGUGUAGGAUUUUGUGCUGACCAGAAGUUCUGCACUUGAUCGAUCCGCUCCGUGUAUGCUAUGUUUCCAUAUCAAUAUCAAUUUUGAAAUUUGUUUUUCAGGUUUUAUAUAAUUUUAAGCAACUCAACGCAUUUAAAAGGGUUGAAAAGUUCUUUCUAAUUGUGCUUUUAACUUUGAAGACAAUAUCUUGUUUGUGAGUAUAUAUAUACCCUGUGGGCAUGCAAUGGAAUUUAAAAAAAAGACUUUCAAGUUCAUAUAAUUAAAAUAUUUCAUGUUGAUCAAGGGCUUGAUAACAUGAUUAUUCUUUGAUUGACCUAUAUCUAGGUCAUCUUCUAAUCAAUAACUGCUAUUUAAAAGAUGGUAACAUGUCGAGCUUUCUGAGACUAAGUAUGAAAUCUUGUUGGCUAAGGGGUAGAUACCUGGUUGUCAUGUAUACAUGCACAAAAAAGGUGAAAUUCUUACCCAAAAAAAGGUGAAAUAGAUGAAGGGAAAGUAAAUUAACAAUUCUACAUGGCAAAAAAAAGGUAUACAAGUACACCGUAUACAAGUACACCGUAUACAUACAAAUACAAUGAAUGAAAUUCUAUUAAAGAGGAUAUCACAAAGGAGAGAAAAGGAAACUAUAUCCCUAUAUUCAUUGCACAUAGAGUCUCCAUUAUCUCUUUUUAUUAUUAACAUUGUUCCCUCAAAACUACACUACAAAAAGGGAAUUGGAGAUGCUAGCUUGCUGCAACACCAAUUAUUUUAUACAUAUAUUAUUCUAAGUUACAUAAUAAAAAUGGAGGUCAUGAAGAAGAUGGGCAUGUUCAUGGUGUUGUUCGUUAUUUUGGGUUCGAUGACGAACCAACAACAAGUGGUUUUGGCAGAUCGAGCAGGGUGUAUUGCCAAAUGUUUGGAAGAAUGCCCAGGCUGCUUUGAAGUCUGCAAUGCAGAUUGUCGUGAUGUCGAGAAACUAAAACAACAAUAUAACCAUCAUAAAAAGUUCGAGUCCAGCAAUCACUAAUACCCUUUUUUUUAUAUAAAAUGGUGUAUAAUGGUGGUUUGCUGUUAUUGAUUGACUAGGCUCUCUUUUUUUUUGUACUCUUCACAGAGCUUGUUGUUCAAUGAAUAAAACAAAGAUUUGUACCGGUUUGUGUCAUUUUCUUCUCCUAUUGAUGUAUUGUUGUAUGCAUUUUUCGUGUUUGUUGAGGUACCCCCACUCCCCUACAAGGUUGGAGAUAUGUUUUUUUCCCCCUCACAAGACACCUAAACGAUACGACGAACUAAUUCAAUUACAGAACCGUACAUGAAUAUUACAAUGAACACAUCUAAUUGUGAUUUUUGACCAAAGAAAACAAUUGAGUUUCAUUUGGGUUGUAUUAAUCAAUAACAACAGUUGUACUCUACGAUUUUGCGGGGCUUGAUGACGAAUUCAAAUGAUUAAGCAAAUGGUUUCUAUAGAGAGGUGUAACAAGUGUUUGAGAUAUUCUUUGUGCAUUUCGAUUCAGUCUAAAUAUAGAUCGAGUCAUAAACAAUGACACUUGACCGAUAUAUUGACGCGAUUUGUUUUGAUCCACAAUUCAAUAUGACUUGUAUCAUAUAUAGCCAUCAAUUCAUGAACACAAUGAAUGUUGUGUGAGCUUGUAGAACCUUCAAAAUUAUGGAUUAAUUUUCAUUUGAAAAGAACAUAAAUAAUAUGUAUUCAAAAUAAUAAUAAUAAUAAUAAUAAUUCAUAAUGGGUAAAGACGAAAUGUGUACGCUAGGGCUGCAUUGAGGUACACCGCCACUUGUUAUGCAGUAUGGCAAGACUUUGUUUAUUAUGGUUGUACAAUAUGUAUCCUCUGGGCUUGCCAUGUAAAUAAAGGGAAAGUUGAUUA